UGCACUCUGGAAAAGGGGAAGGUUGAUGCCCAGAUUGUCUUUCCAUUCUCUUUACAGGUGGUUCUGUCGUUCCUGCUGGUAUCUAGGUAGCCAUAUAAUAGAAAUGAUUGUGAAAACAACACCACUCUGUUUCAGAGGAAAGAAUAUUUUGGCUCCAAUGGUUCGAAUUGGAACUUUACCAAUGCGUCUUUUGGCUCUCGAUUACGGUGCUGAUAUUGUGUACUGUGAGGAGCUGAUCGACAUAAAGAUGCUGCAGUGCAAGAGGGUUGUAAAUGAUAUACUUGGCACAGUGGACUUUGUAGCUCCCAAUGAAAGAGUUGUUUUCAGGACUUGUGAGAGAGAAAGAGACAGUGUUGUCUUUCAAAUGGGAUCAGCAGAUGCUGCGAGAGCCUUGGCUGUAGCUAAGCUUGUAGAGAAUGAUGUUGCCUGCAUUGAUGUCAACAUGGGCUGCCCAAAAGAAUAUUCUACUAAGGGAGGUAUGGGAGCAGCACUGCUUUCUGAUCCUGACAAAAUUGAGUCUAUACUGAGGACCCUUGUUAAAGGAAUUAGUAAACCAGUGACCUGCAAAAUCCGAAUUUUGCCCUUGCUUGAAGACACAGUAAGCCUUGCAAAAAGGAUAGAAAAGACUGGUGUUGCUGCUAUUGCAGUCCAUGGAAGGAAGAAGGAGGAGAGGCCUCAACAUCCUGUCCACUGCGAUGUGAUUAAAGCCAUCUCUGAGGCAGUCUCUGUUCCAGUUAUAGCUAAUGGAGGAUCUCAUGACUUCAUCAAAGAAUAUACUGACAUUGAAGCCUUCCAGCAAACAACAGCGGCAUCAUCAGUAAUGAUAGCUCGGGCUGCCAUGUGGAACCCAUCUAUUUUCAGAAAAGAGGGUCUUUGCCCCUUGAAGGAUGUCAUGCAAGAAUACAUAAAAUACGCAGUGAGAUAUGAUAAUCACUACACCAACACAAAAUAUUGCCUGUGUCAGAUGUUAAGAGAACAGUUAGAAACUACCCAAGGAAAGAACUUGCAUGCUGCACAGUCUACUCAAGAAAUCUGUGAAGUCUUUGAAAUGAGUGGUUUCUAUAAAGAAACAAUAGCCAUUCUGGAAGCUAAGAAGGUAUCAUUAGAAACUAAAACGCAAGAUGAAGGGGAUCAGGUAGAAGACACAGAUGUAAUAAAAAUGGCUGUUCGGUUUGACAAGCGAGAGUAUCCACCACAGAUUACUCCGAAAAUGUAUCUCUUGGAGUGGUGUAGGAAAGAGAAGCACCCUCAACCUGUUUAUGAAACUGUUCAAAGACCGCUAGAUAAAUUAUUCUGUUCAGUUGUCACAGUAGCUGAGCAAAAAUACAGAUCAAGUUUAUGGGACAAGUCAAAGAAGUUGGCAGAACAGGCUGCAGCUAUUGUCUGCCUAAGGACACUGGGUCUCCCAGAGGGGAAGUUGGGUGAGGGAGAAAACCACCUGAUUAAAAAACGCAAGAGGGAAGACCACAAUCUCAUGAACAACAGAGAACAUGGAGAUGAACUUAUUGAGUCUGCAUGUAAGAAAGUUCAUUUAACUGAAGGAACUUCAGACUCCAGCACUUCUGAAAUGGCACAAUGAAAGCAGCAUGAACAACAGACAUUCCACAACUAUGCAGCUCCUGAUUCAUUCCUUUUUUGCACAGCCUGCUGUUAUAUUUUAUCUGCACUCUGUCAGAGACAGAUAAGCUGCCCAAUUGUGAAAACCUACUGUAUUGGGACGUGUUUACUUUUUUUUUUCUUUGCUUCUUUUGGUGCCUUUCAAAUGCAGUAAAUUAGCAGCCUAGAUUUGAAAACAAAAGGACAAAGAGACGGUCCCAAGAUAAGCUUCUUUCUACAGUAAAUAUUUUAUUAUUUAGUUUGAGUGGUUUUGUUUAUAAUAUUUUAUGUAGACUCAUGAUAAACUAACAGGAUGGUUCAGACUGCAUUACCCACAAUCUACAGAGUCAGUUAUAGAAGUAAGGUGGUGCAGUAACAAACAUUAACAACUGAAUAGAUUUGGGUUUAAUAAAUUAAAUUGCAUUGGUACUCCCAUUGAACUUCAUAUGUGGAUUGCAGUCUUGUAUUAUUAUCAUAAAUUAACUGAGCCCCCCACCUUUUUUUUGAAGGGAGAUUGUUGCAAAAUAUAAUACCAAACUUGAAAAUACAAUUGCAUUAUUUUAUCAGGUUUUACUUUUUUUUCCCCUGAAAAUUACAAGUGAAACAAAUUACCAUCUUUCCUUGAACUUCAACAUAGGAUUUUUUUUCACUCUGGCUGUUAAAGUGCAUCUUUUGUCCCUAAAUAGCAACCUAGUUGCUUCUGCAUUUAGCCGAUAGUGUUCAUGGCCCUAAUCAGCAAGCAGAUUCUCCUCUUCAUCUGGCAGUGUAAUGUCCCAUUAAAAGGAGACAACAGUUACAUUCUGUCCAUGAAGGGAUGACAUCCAGCGUGGCUUCCAUUGCACAACCUGGAAUUGUGAUUGUUUGGCUUACACUCCAAGAUGAGAUUCCUAGUACACCAAAAUAAAAUGCAGGAUUUGAGAUUGGUUACACUUUGUUGGAGUUUGGGCAUAUUUCUCUAAAAUGGAAGGAUACCUUACAAGUGGUCAGCUCUUGCUGGAAAAUAUUUGUAAUAAACCUACUGCAGUGUAUCCAUAACCCCUACAUUCUUUUGUAUGAAGAACAUUCAAAGCAACUUUUGCCAUUUAUGUAGUACAUCUAAAUAAUGUACUAUUUUUCUAUUUAAAAAUAAAAUAGUUAAUUUUAAAUGAAGUGGCAUCUGCACUAAACCAUUGUUUUCUAAUAGAGUAGAAGUAUUCUACUUAGAUAAUGUUCAGACUUUUUUAAUUAAAAAGAUGUGUGUAUGCAUAUUUAUGGCUGCUAUUCAAAUUGCUAAAUAUUUUUAAUAAACCCACAAAGUUUGCAUUUAAC